UGAGUAAUCAGUCCUCUGCACUUUUCACUCCUCCUUCACUGUUUCCUGCUUCCUUCUCUGUUAUCGCAUUAAUACACUCUGGCUCACACACACCUUUUCAGAAGCACUUUUAACCAUGGGCAACUUUGCUGCCAAUGAGGGACUCUCCAUCUUUGUUAUUCUGGUAUGGCUGGGCAUCAACGCCUUCUUGUUUGUGCAUUUCUACAUGGCCUUCCUGACGGAGAGAUGGUUUUACACCAGGGUCCUGCUUGGGCAAGCUCUGUCCUGGGCCAGAGCUCCCGCCGCCGCCCUCAACUUCAACUGUAUGCUCAUUUUGUUGCCAGUUUGCCGAAACCUCCUGUCCUUCCUUCGUGGCUCCAUCCAGUACUGCAGCCGCACAGCAGCUCGCCAACUAGAUCGAAACCUCACCUUUCACAAACUGGUGGCUUACAUGAUCGCCUUCCACACAGCUGUGCACAUUGUUGCACACUUGUUUAAUUUUGAGUUUUUCAUGGACGCGCAGCUGAAUCGCAACAGCAGCCUUCUGCCCUUCAUCCUGUCUGAAAUCGGCACAGGGGACAACGCCUCCUUCCUGAACCCCAUCAGGUCAAACGAGACGAACCCUACCAUCGUCAUGUUUACCACCAUCGCCGGGCUGACGGGCGUGGCCAUCACGUUAGCUCUCAUCCUCAUCAUCACGUCGUCCAUGGAGGUCAUCCGCAGGUCCUACUUUGAGGUGUUCUGGUACACCCACCAUCUUUUUGUCAUCUUCUUCAUCGGACUGGUGUUCCACGGCUACGGACGGAUUGUGCGAGGACAGACGGCUGCUAGCCUGAAGACCAACAAACCCGACUUUUGUGCCUCCCAGUUUGAAGAGUGGGGAAAUAACGGGACCAACUGUGCUGUGCCAGAGUUUGCUGGAAACCCACCAGGGACGUGGAAGUGGGUGGUAGGCCCGAUGAUCCUUUAUGUGUGCGAGAGGUUCGUCCGCCUCUAUCGAUCCCACCAGAAAGUGGUCAUCACCAAGGUGGUGAUGCACCCCUCCAAGACCCUGGAGCUGCAGAUGAAGAAGAAAGGUUUCCAUAUGGAGGUGGGUCAGUACGUCUUCAUUCAAUGUCCAUCGGUUUCCAGGCUGGAGUGGCACCCCUUCACCUUAACCUCUGCACCCGAGGAGGACUACUUCAGUGCCCACAUUCGUAUCGUGGGGGACUGGACACAGGCGCUGUACGAAGCCUGCGUUGGAGACCCAACUCAACCUCAGGAGGCCUGGAAACUGCCCAAGAUAGCCAUAGACGGCCCGUUUGGCACAGCCAGCGAAGACGUGUUCGGUUACGAGGUGGUGAUGCUGGUGGGCGCGGGAAUCGGCGUGACUCCUUUCGCCUCCAUCCUCAAGUCUGUGUGGUACAAACGCAUCCAGAACAACCAGGACGUGUUCACCAAGAAGAUCUACUUCUACUGGCUGUGCCCUGAGACGCAGGCCUUCGAGUGGUUCGCAGACUUGCUGCAGUCUCUGGAGAAUCAGAUGGCGGAGAAGGAAAUGACUGACUUCCUCAGCUACAACAUCUACCUCACCCGCUGGAAGGAUACCGAGGCGGCUCACUUCCGUGUUCACCACGAGGCGGAGAACGACCCAAUCACAGGACUCAAACAGAAGACUCUUUAUGGGAAACCUAACUGGGACAAUGAGUUCACCAAUAUUGCGACAAAGCACCCGAGAUCUAAAGUGGGAGUCUUCCUGUGCGGUCCGCCUCAGCUUGGGAAAUCUCUGGAGAAACAGUGUCUGUCCCACUCAGAGGCCGACGUCAAGUUCAUCUUCAACAAGGAGAACUUCUAAAAAAAACUGCUGAAAGAAAAGAAACCACGAGAGAGCAAACGUCCCAAGUAGCAGUGAGGUCAAGGAAUGAGAUGUUUUUUCCACAUCCACGUCUCGUAUUAUGUUUCUGAGUUCAGCUCAUCGCCGACCUGCUCGGCUCUCAUCAUUUCUUUGCAACAGACGUUUUGCAAAGAUCCUCCCUGUUGCUCAAGGAAGCGAGGGACCAACACCCGCUGUGUUUUCCACAUUAAUCUGUUCUGCUUUUCUGUUACAUCAAUGUGAAAGUCUGCUGGUUUCAAAAGUUUUCCUCUUAUUUUUAUCAGCUAGAAACGUUAUUUUGCUUUUCUGCUUUCUUUGUGCCAGCAUUUAGAAAUGCCGUUAAAGAAUCCUGGAUGAGGUUCUCAUAGUCAAAUAAGUGGAUUUAUUUAACUUUAUUUGCAGCUGUUAUCUAUUUCCGUGUAAGGAGAGGGAGCAAUGACAAGAUGGAGCUGAAUUCCUUGAAUGCGUACGCAUACUUGGGCAAUAAAGUUGAUUCUGAUGUCCAGACA